GCGCGAGUUCCGGCCGCGCGCUCUCCGCUCAGGGCCGCCGCGGUCCCGGUGCCCGCGCCCCUCCCGCUGUCCGCGCCCGGCGGCGGAGCCCGUCCCGGUGUCCGUGUCCGUGUCCGCGUCCCCGGCCGGUGCCGCCGCAAGGUGGGGAAGAUGCAGGGCAACAAGGGGUUCAACAUGGAGAAGCAGAACCACGCGCCGCGCAAGCAGCACCAGCAGCACCCGCCGCCGUCCAUCCCGGCCAACGGGCAGCAGGCCAACAGCCAGAGUGAGUCCCGGGCCCGCCGCGGCGGCCCGCCCGGCCCCGCCACGGAUGAAGGCCUGACUAUUGACCUGAAGAAUUUCCGGAAACCCGGGGAAAAGACCUUCACCCAAAGAAGCCGCCUAUUUGUGGGGAAUCUGCCCCCAGAUAUUACAGAGGAAGAGAUGAGAAAGUUAUUUGAGAAGUAUGGCAAGGCAGGGGAAGUCUUCAUACACAAGGACAAAGGCUUUGGUUUUAUCAGGCUGGAAACUCGCACUCUGGCAGAGAUUGCCAAGGUGGAACUCGACAACAUGCCUCUCCGUGGGAAGCAGCUCAGAGUGCGCUUUGCGUGCCACAGCGCAUCGCUGACAGUCAGGAACCUGCCCCAGUUUGUGUCCAAUGAGCUCCUGGAGGAAGCCUUCUCAGUGUUUGGCCAGGUGGAAAGGGCUGUGGUUAUUGUGGAUGACAGAGGACGAUCCUCUGGGAAAGGCAUUGUGGAGUUCUCAGGGAAGCCUGCUGCUAGGAAAGCCCUGGAUAGAUGUAGUGAUGGGUCUUUCCUGCUGACUACAUUCCCUCGGCCUGUCACUGUGGAGCCCAUGGAUCAGUAUGAUGAUGAAGAGGGACUACCAGAGAAACUAGUCAUCAAAAACCAGCAAUAUCACAAGGAGCGUGAGCAGCCUCCUCGGUUCGCACAGCCUGGCAGCUUUGAAUAUGAAUAUGCCAUGCGUUGGAAGGCUCUAAUAGAAAUGGAGAAGCAGCAGCAGGAACAAGUAGAUCGCAACAUCAAGGAAGCUCGGGAGAAGCUGGAAAUGGAAAUGGAAGCGGCUCGCCACGAGCACCAAGUCAUGCUCAUGCGGCAAGACUUAAUGAGACGCCAGGAAGAGCUGAGGAGAAUGGAGGAAUUGCAUAACCAAGAAGUACAAAAACGUAAACAGUUGGAACUCAGGCAAGAGGAGGAACGCAGGCGCCGUGAGGAGGAAAUGAGAAGGCAGCAGGAAGAGAUGAUGAGGCGCCAGCAGGAAGGCUUCAAAGGGAACUUUGCCGAUGCGAGGGAGCCACCAGACAUGCGAAUGGGACAGAUGGGUAUGGGAGGUACCAUUGGCAUGAACAAUAGAGGAGCCAUGGGUGGUACCAAUGUCCCAGCUCCUGCACCUCCUGCAACUGGUCCUGGAGCCAUGAUACCUGAUGGAGCCAUGGGAAUGACUCCACCACCACCUCCAGACCGCUUCGGCCAGGGCGGAGCCAUGGAAGGCCUGGGAGCCAUGGGAGGGAACCCCCCUGCCUUCAACAGAGGGAACCCAGGGGGGGAUUUUGGCCCCAACAAGCGCCGCAGAUACUAACAGGAUUAAGCUAUCCCCUGUACACACCCCAAAGAGAAAGACAUCUUGGCAGGCCACACAGGGUUCAACCUGGGGGGACAGGAGGGGAACAGAUUUUAAAAAUAGCUAAUUAGGGCCUGUUCUGGUAAAGCCACUCUAGGACAAGGGGAGUGCAGUCUGACUGGUAAAGGUUUUAGAAGAUUUCAUGUGGUGCAUUCCUAAUUUUAAAGUGAAAAAAGGAUUCUGGGAGGCUGCCGUGGUUGUUCAGUAAUGGUGAAAUCUGGCAAGGACCCUAAUGCCUUGACCAUUCCAGGUUUCCUAUUUGCAACUGAAAUCAUGAGACUGAAUUAGAUAAAAUUUCCGUAUGUCUUGGCAUUUUUUUAGA